CCCGGACCUCCCGGUAAUUCCAGAGGAUCGUGCUGCUUCACAGGAUACAUUUUCUGUGGUCGGCAUUUGACUGCAGCCUCUUAGUGCGGGGUAGCGGCGCAAUUCAUUUGCGAUGAUCUGUAGAUGUACCUAGUGACAUACAGUCGCAAUACUGCAGAGUGCAUGCAGCCUGGACUUGUGCAAUCUGCCAGUUAUGGCAGGUACAUUCUUGGCUAAAUUUCGUUGAAACUGCACAGCACAUGUUUUGGGACAUGAGAGCGAUCAAACCGUUGAAGAAACAUACUCGUGUGUAAAGUAUAAAUGCUUAUACUAAUUUUUUCUGUUUUUAUGGUGCUUUGUAAGUUUUGUACAGCUCAAUGCAACAUUUUCCGUUCAACAGUGCUGGACUUGCAUCAUUGAUAUCGCAAGUCGCAACCGUUUUGGAGCUUAUCGUCAGACUGGAGAUGCUCACUUCACAGUUCACAUCAAGAUCAGAUUCUACACUCUACAGCACAGUGCAGGAAAGAUGACUGGACUUGGAGCAGGGUCGAAGUGGCUGAGUCACUUUUCUUCUUAUCAUUGAUAGAUUCUCCGUCUAUCAUGACGGCUUCUGCAAGCUUAUUCCUUAUCGGAUUCUAUUGAAUUCGGGCUCUUUUGGAGUUUUGCGAAAGUGCGAUCUGCGUGAUUAUUGAUUGUGCUUUUCAAAUAUUGACCGAAUUUGCCGCAAUUAUUAUCAGAUUAUAUAGUAGUUUCCUAGUUCCUUCAAGUUUGCAAUGCGAUGUUGCCUACUGAUCCUAGUUCUUCCCAGUUCUCCAGUCUGCCGGCCCGCACAGAACCGGAAAACUCACUCCCGUUCCUUUUCGCUGGCGUCGAUGGCCCCCAUACUUACCCCAAACUGCAGGAUCAUAAUAGAAAAGUUGUAGUUUUAUUGAUUUGAAAAGCGAAGAAAUUGACGUAGAGUGUGUUUCACUAUGUUGUGAGUGUGUAUGUGUUGCGCGGCUGUUUGUGAGGGGAGAGCGGCGCGUACAGGAACAGAUGGCCAUAAUAAUAAAAAGUUCGUUUACGUGAUAUACAUGUCUUGGUUUGAUGUUUGCUCCGUGUUUAGUUUGCUGAAAUGGAAAAUACUCCCUAUGAUGAUGUUUUUUCGCUGCAAUAAUGUUUAAUGCUUUUUACUGUUCGACGCACUCUUCAUUGCCAGUUGAACUGUAAUAGUUAGUGUGAGUGUUGUGGAUGCUCGUCGGAUGGAGACAUUUCCGAUUAGUUGCUAUUAUAUUCUUAAUAAGUUGGCUAAACCAGCCCGGCACUGCUCCUCGAGAAUUUUUGUUGUGGGGUGUGACUGGCAUUUUGCUUCGAUUUGCCCACGGCAAAUAUGGUACAAAAGCCUAUUUUUACUCAUUUGCAUAUGCUCCGAAAUAGGAUUACCGUUCUGGCCGAUAGAUGUAUUCUCCUGUCUGCAGUACAUGGUAUCGAUUGGCAUGUAUUUUAUUGUUGCGGCAGCGGAUGUUGGAAAUUUUGCAUCGUUUUCUCCUUCUUUAUCGGAUUCUGCUCCCAUGUGCGCCGGGGAAAGGCGCACUGCGCUGUCGCUGCACGGAGUGAUGCUAAUCUAGCUUUUUGAACUCUGAUUUACGACGUAAACAUUUAAUUUCCCGAUAAUUGUCCAGCGUGACGCCAUUGUUAAAUUGUCUUACGGCUGGGAAUUCGGAUAUGAUUAUUCCGGUGGAGAAUGUCAGAGCAGGACAGUCCAUCGCGCGCGGCUGAUCAACUCCGACCCGAUGGUCAAAUCCUUCGCGUCCGUCCUGCACAAGUGUCCGCCAAACUGCUGGGACAUAACACCGUUCAAGAGCAUGAUGAGUUUAUCGAAGAAAUCGCGGACCCCACCUCGACAUCGCGCCAAGAUGUUCGAACUUCCUCUCCGAUGCAUCGGCCUUCCGAUGUCCAGUUGCCUCAUAAGGCGACAACCAAUGCGUUAGAUGGCGGCUAUGGCUGGGUGGUGGUAUUUGGAUGUUUUCUGAUGCAUGUGAUCAAUGUCGGGCUCAUUAAAGCAUUUGGAAUAAUUUUUGUGUCUCUGCGGGAACAAUUCGGCGCUUCCAAUGCGGAUGUUUCAUGGAUUUACGCUUUAUUUUUAGUUUGUAGUACGUGGUUUGCUCCUUUGGCUAGCUUUUUGGCCAAUGCCUUUUCUCAAAGAAGCGUUGUGAUGCUGGGUGGAUUGUUACUUGGAAUUGGAAUUUCACUGGGAUAUUUUGCCAAUAGCUUGAUGUUUUUAUAUUUUAGCUACGGAUGUCUAAGUGGCCUUGGAUCGGCGCUUUCCUAUACGCCGGCUGUGGUUGCGGUUGGUUCAUAUUUCGAGAAGAGACGAGCUUUGGCAAAUGGAAUAUCCUUGUCGGGAGCUGCAUUCGGAUCGAUAACAGUGCCUUAUCUAACGUCAUAUUUGGUAAAGGAGUUUCCUGUAUCGGGCGCCAUCCUUAUAUGCGGCUCCAUCGCCCUAAACGUCUGUGUGGCGGGAGCGUUGCUGCGCCCCGUUUCUACCCACAUGCGCAUCCUGCGUGCUCAGCAACGUGCCUCCCAUUUGCGGGCGUUAAGGGCGCUGGAAGCCACGUUGGAUGAUUCGAGCGCGGCGCACGCUCCUACGAAGGCCUUCAGUGCGCCGGCGUCGGCGCGAAGCAAUGGUCUCGGCUCGUUAUACGAGAGGGAUUUGGAAGCGAAUACGCAUUUGUUAGAAACACCCUUGGCCGAGGAUACGCGGAAGCGUUCGGCGCAUUCCAUGCCAGCUGAACCCCUGAGCACACGCUCGCAUGGGCGGGAGAUCACAGUCGGAAGGACCAGUCAGUCUGAAAAAGGGUUAACCUUCUUCCAGCGUUUUGUUAAUCGGUUCAAGAGGAAAGAAGGCCAACCGCCGUUGUUUGAUUUCGGACUGUUUCGGCAAAGACUGUUUAUUGUCUAUGCACUGUCAGUGAUGCUCGCAACCUUUUCGUACAUGAAUAUCUUCCUUAUCCUGCCUGCUCACACUGUUGACCUGGGAUGCACGAAAGACGACGCGGCGAUGUUGAUUGCUAUUAUUGGAUUAGCGGAUAUAUUUGCGCGGAUUGGCUACGGAUGGUUCUCGGAUUUGAAGCUGUUUCAUCGGAAAUGGGGAUUUUGUGCGGCUGUCUGUGCUGCGGCCGUGUGUAACUGCCUGGCGCCGGUGGCGACGAAUUUUGUCGGACUGGGAAUCUACGCAGCCUUUCUUGGAAUGACGUCGGGAAGCUAUAUCUCCUUAGUGGCGGUGGUUUGUGUGGAUUUUUUUGGUAUUGACCGGCUGAGCUCCGCCCUGGGUUCCGUGAUUGCGUUCCAAGGCGCCGCGUUUCUCGCCGGGCCACCGCUGAUUGGGAGGUUGCGCGACGUUUCGGGAACGUAUAAGUACGGAUUUUGGGCGUUGGCGGUGUGUCUGGUAUGUUCGGCUAGUUUGAUUGUGGUGGAGCAUUUUUGUGACAGAAUUGUGCGGCGAAAACCUCGAAAGCACGAGGUAAAUCAUGACCACGAAAUGCAGCUUAUGACAGCGUCAACGCCGGCCUCGGAAGUCGUCUCACCCAUUGUGCCCAGUAUUUCCAAUAGCGUGAUUCCACCAAAAGCUCCGGUUGCUCAUAUGGAUGAAUUUGACCCGUUGACGCCCCGCCCCGUGUCUAAGCCGGUGUUCAAGCCAAAGUUAAAGAGAAGAAUUUUUAAAGAGCACGUUCCCAAUGCAUAGUUUGUACAUUGGGACUCGUUGUUUUGUUGUAUUCAUGUUGUUAUGCAAAAGUUUAUGUUCUUGAUAAUAUUGUCGUUUGUUGAGGAAGCUACUUUUGUGAUACAUACAUAUAGCACGAUAUCGGUUUUAGUUGCGGAAAUUGUCAUUCCCGGUAACUUUACAAAACGGUGACAACAAUUAAAAAAUUUUGC